AUGGCUACCUCCUGGUUACGUAUGAGCACAACAGAUAGCUCCACGAGAAGGAGAGUAUUUAAAAUCUAUCCUGACAACCUGGAUUGGCAUAGAGACGUUAUCUACAAGAUCACUGGCACCCAAUUCGUGACAACGGUAUCCAAUUUAAUCCAGUGUACUGUACAAUGGCCAUCUAUCAAGAUGAGGCUUCUCUACCCAUAUAGUAUGUAA